AUGUCUCCUUGGCGCGCCGCGGGGGCGCUUUUCGCGCGCGCGGCGACGAGGGGAGGCGUCACGACGAGCUCACGCGCCCGCGGCGCCGACCGUGCGCCGUGGAUGCACGCGGCGGAGGCGCGGACGCGGGGCCGCGCCUCGGGGUGGAACAUCGCGAACACGUGCUCGAGGCGUGGUGGUUCAUCGCUAUCGUCGCACCCUCCCGCGCCUCCUUCGAAGGUUUCGCCCUCCGACGGCGCCGUCGCCGACGUCGUCGCCGCGCUGCCCGGUCUCGGCCUCGCGUUGGCCGUGUCCCAGGCGGGGUUCGCGCUCGCCGACGGCAUCAGCGCGGCGAUCGGCGCGCCCGUAGCGGGAGUCCCAUGCGCCGUCCUGCUCGGCGCGGGGAUCAACAACGCGGUGGCGCUGCCGAAGUGGGUCCGCCCGGGAUUGCGAACCGCGACCGGCACCGUCCUGCGCGUCGGCAUCGUCUGCGUCGGCGCCAAGUUCAGCGCCUCGGACGUCGUCACCGCCGGCGCCUUCUGCGUCCCCGCCGCCGCCGCCUCCGUCGGCGCGGGCCUCGUCCUCAUCCCCCGCGUCGCGGGUCUCGCCGGCCUCCACCCGCGGCUCGGAUCCCUGCUCGCGGCGGGGACGUCCAUAUGCGGCGUGACGGCGGUGUCCGCGUUGGCGCCGGCCAUCGCCGCGACGCAAACGGAGGUGGCAUGCGCCGUCGCCAACGUGGUGUUGUGGGGCUCCCUCGCCAUGCUCUUCGCGCCGCACGCGGCGAACUUUUUAUUGGGCGAGUGCCCGGACGCGGCGGGCAUGUGGCUGGGUCUGGCGGUGCACGACACCGCGCAGGUCAUGGGCGCGGGUCUGACGUACGCACAGCUGUUCGACGACGAGCGCGCGUUCAACGCUGCGGCGGUGACCAAGCUGACCAGAAACCUGGCGUUGGCGGCGGCUAUCCCCGCGCUGGCGUUCGCGCACGAACAGACGGUUCGCUCGGAAACGGCUCGGGUGGCGACGGCGUCGAGAAGGGUGCCGGGAUUUUUGUUGGCGUUCGUGGGCAUGGCGCUCGUGCGGUCGUGCGGGGAUUGGUACUACGGAGGCGGGGUGAAGGUCGGUUCGGGGGACCCGGUCGGAGGCGGGGGCGGUUCGACGCCACCCGUCGGGGCCGAGUCGUGGAGGCGGGGCAUGAACGCGUUGGGCGAGGGGUUCGGGGCCAAGGCGUGCCUCGCCACGGCGCUCGCCGCGGUGGGUCUGAACACCGGGGUGUCGUCGUUGGUCGGCGUGGGCGUCGCGCCGUUCGCGGUGGGCGCGGUCGGGUCCGCGAUCGUGGGUGGGGUCGGGCUCGUGAGCGCGCUGACGCUCUCCGAGCUGAUCCGGCGGUCGACGUCGGCGGCGGCGGGCGGGGAAAGCGUAAGUGGGAAGGCGUCGGCGACGGCGAGGGACGACUCUGAUGUGAACGGAGGUGCGUCAUCGUGA